GUUCAGCCGUUGCCUGGAUACGACGCAACAUGCAGACCCAACCGCAGCUGUGUAUGUAACCUGGAGACACUAACACCUUUGAACAGUUUUAUUUGGUUGUAAACUUUCUUUCUUUAGGUACUGAAUUAUACUAAAUAUAAAUGGCAUCGGUGGUUCAACACGGCCGGAGAACAGGCUCCAACAGGAGAGCGUCUUCAGCUGAAGAAGCCAGCAGGAUGAUGCAGCCACCAGACCUCCGGCAAGUCACUGUCUUAACCAAGGCCGAAUGGCUGAGGAUUCAAGAUGAUCUGAACCAGGUUAAUAAAGACAAGGAGAGAAUGAGAGAAGCAGCGAAGCAGAGAGAGGCCCUGCACCUGCAGUCAAAAGAGGUGGUGAAGCUGUGGUCCAAUACCAUCGCUGGUCAAAGGCAGAAAAAGCUAGAGGCAAAGAAGAUCCGGGAGGAGAUUGAGGAGGAGAAAAGGAAAUUGAUGGAUAAAGAAGAGGCCGAAUAUCGGGAGCAGCAGCGGAAAGAGGCCGUCGAAAAAGCCAAGACUCAGCUGUAUUAUCAAACUGACCGUGUUAAAGGGUUACAUCGUGCGCUCUUGCUGACGGAGGUCCUGAAGGAGAGGGAGGCUCAGAUUGAGCUGAAGCAAAGAAUCAAAAGUGCCUCUAAAGAUGUCGACAAGGAAUUCCUGGAUACGGUAAAGAACAAAGAUGAGAGAGCCUUGAAACAGGAGCAGGAGAAAGCACUUCAGAAAAAGCUUGAGAGACAGGCUGUUGCAGAGGACAUAAAGAAACAGAUCAAGGACAAUGAGCUAGUGAAAGAGCGACAGAAGUUAGAGGACAAAAAGGACGGAGAGGAAGCCCAACGCCUUCAAGAGCUCUACCAGUGGGAGCAAAGGAUGGAGGAAGAAAGACAAACAGAGCUGAAGAGAAACCUCAUGCACGCUCACCUGGAAUAUAUCUCCAAUCAAGAUCUCAUAAAAGCGACAGAUGCACAGAAACAGGAGGCUGAAGAGGAGCAAAGGAAACUUUUUCUCUCUGCAAAACAAAAAAUGAUAAAGUUACGGAAAGAAAAAGAAAAGGAGUUGUUUAGCGAGGCCCAGAUGCGCCGCGAGAGGAUCAUGAACAAGCUGAGUGUCACGCAGCAGCAGCAGACCGACAACGAGGAGCAGAGGAUCGCAAAGGCUGUCGCUAAACAGGAUGCAAAACAGGCCCAACAGCAGAGGGAGGAGGCGGAGAAGAAGGCAGCAAUGUUGGAGUCGAUUGUCGCUCACAGAGAAUUAAUGAGGCAAGAAAAGGAGCAGAGGGAUAAAGCAGCCAAACAGAACGCCCAAGACACACUUGAGGCUAAGAAAGAGGCCGACAGAAUAUUUACUGAGAAACAACAACUGAAGGCGCAGAAGGUCAAAGAAGAUGGAAGAAAAGUACAAGACUUCAAUGCCGCAGAAAUGGCCCAAAAAAUUGCCAGGAAUCAGCAGCUGAGAAAAAACGAGCAUGAGUUUCAAGUGAUGAACGCAGAGCUCAUAGCUGAAGAGGAAAACCAGUUUCAGCAGUAUUCAAAAGACAUCAUCAACGCAGCUGUGCAGGCUCAGCGAAAUGUGUUUCCACUUUGCAAAGCUGCGAGAGAAGGGAUCGGAGGAGGACUCGGUCCCAUUUUUAGUGGAGUCAGGCCGAGCUACCUCGUUCAGGACAGCACUGGUGCUCAAAUGCCCACAUAUGUCUCUGAUGCUACCCAGAACAUUAAAAGGCUUAAUGAGGUCAUGCAUAUUCAAGAUGCAAAGAAAAGACUUGGGUUUACAUGGUCGUAGGUCACACCCAGCUGGCAGUUCUGGUUUCACGAGUGUUAAACAUACUUAAUGUUUUAAUAACAUCCUCAAGAUAUUUUGACAAAAGAUAUGUGUCAGUGUCGCUCAUUCACUUCUCUAUUUAUAAUACACUUAAUACUGUGUUGUGCAGUAGAGUUUUCCAAAGUUAAGUCUUCAGAUUGCUUCUUUUGUCCAACCAACACUCCAAAACCCAGAGAUUCCUGAUUUACUGUCAUAAAUGACAGAGAAGCAGCUGAGUUUCACAUUUUAGAAACUGGAACCAGCAAAUGUUUGACAUUUUUGUUUGAAAAUUGACUGAAACGGGUAAUCAGUUAUCAAAGUAGUUGCCGAUCCAUUUUCUUUCAAUCAUCUUAUCAAUUCAUGGACUAAUUGUUGCAGCUCUACUGUAUAGUGAAAUGUAAAUUGGGAUUUUGGAAACUUGUGAAUUAUCAUUAUAUUGCAUCAUCAGUUACAAAGGUAUUGUACCCAAUUUUCAUAUUUAGAAAAUACAACACAUUACACUGUGGAACUAAAAUAGUGUUCAUGGGACAUCCUGAUAGGUGUAGGCAAUGUCCAACAACCACAUCAAGUCAGUUCAUAUCAAGCGGCAACUUGGGGGCUGAAAAAUGAAACCAACAUGGAACUGCCAAAAACUGUGGUUCUUUGAAUGGCUACUUGAGGCUGGCUCCAGAAGCAAAUCAAUUCCAAUAGACCCCCAUGUUAGAAUGCCCAACUUUAAAGGUGGAAAUAGACAUGUUUACAGCCUGGUAGGAAAAACAGUUUAGGUCUCUACAGCUAAUUCCAACAUUCUUGACAACUGUACAGGGGCUGAAUUUUUAUAUAACUGGCCACUUUGAGCAACAGAACAUCUGCCGAUAGACUCCUUGACUUCUAAGUCACAUCCACCCCUUGCUCCUCCACAGCGCCAGCCUCUUGCCCAAAUGUGGUCACCUCUGGCUCCAGAAAACAAGAUGGUGACAGCUGCAAUCAAAACCUUUUGCACAGGUUUUGAUGACACUUGUUGAUUACUGUGAUUUUGGAUGUGAAUAAUGUUUGGACUUCCAGUAAAUAGACUGCAUAUGUAUCAGCA